CUGCGGCAGCUUAAGUGCGAGCUGGGUGUGCUGCGCUCUGCUGAUGGCUCAGCGUCAUUUGAGAUGGGCAACACCAAGGUGCUCGCAGUCGUGUACGGGCCUCGUGAGGUAACCAACCGGGCGGAUGCCCUCCCUGACAGGGCGGUGGUGCGCUGUGAGUACGGCAUGGCUUCAUUCAGCACAGGGGAGCGACGGCGACGGGGGAAGAUGGACCGGAGGUCAGUGGAGAUCUCGCUAGUCAUCCGCCAAACACUGGAAGCAGCCAUCAUGCUCGAGCUCCUACCGCGCACACAGAUCGACAUCUUUGUUCAAGUCUUGCAAGCCGAUGGCGGCACUCGCUCCGCGUGCAUUAAUGCAGCGACACUUGCGCUCUGCCAUGCGGGCAUCCCCAUGCGCGACCUGGUUACCAGCUGCGCCUCUGGUUACCUCAACGCCACUCCAUUACUAGACCUGAACUACGUGGAGGACAGUGGUGGUGGUCCGGACGUCACAGUGGGGUACUUGCCGUCAUCCGAUAAGAUCUCACUGCUGCAGAUGGACGCGAAGCUCCCGAUGGACACGUUUGAGGAGGUGGUGAAGCUCGCAGUCACGGGAUGCAAGGCCAUCGCGCACCGUAUGAGACAAGUGCUGUUGGAGCAUACAGAGCGGUUAGCGCUUGCACGUGGAGCAAUGCAACUGUAG